GGCACUGCAUACACAGCACUGAGCACCUAGCACUGAGCUGAUCACUCAUGGAGCUGAGAAUGUCUUGCACCGGCAAGAGCCUGCUCUUCAUUGCUGUGGCCUCCCUGGUGCUAGCUCACUUCUGCAGCCAGUCAGAAGCAGCAAGCAACUUUGACUGCUGCCUUCGGUACACAAAGCGCAUUUACCCUCUCAAAACUUUUGUGAGAUUCACGGAACAGUUGGCUGAUGAAGCUUGUGACAUUAAUGCUAUCAUCCUUUACACAAAAAGGAAAGUAUCCGUGUGUGCUGAUCCAAUGCAGGACUGGGUGAAAAAGAUCGUGCGCCACCUCCGCCUAAGAGCUAAGAACAAGAAGAAGGUGUAGAAACGGAUGCGUUUCUGGGAUGGAAUUGGACACAGCCCGAGGACGAAAUGCUCCCAGCUAGGGCUGGAGGCUUCCCCUGCACAUCACUGCACAGACCUGAUUCGUGUCCCACUGGACUUGUCCAAUGGAUGAAGUUGAUUCAUAUUGCAUCAUACUGUGUCUUGUUUAAGCUCACGUUCGAGUUAAGUGGUAUUUUAUGUUAUUUAUAGAUCUUAGUUUUCUAUGUUUAGCUAUUUAAUGCUGAUUUCCCACAAGCUAAGGGAGGAUUUGGUGUAAG